CCCGCGCUCGCUGAGCGCCCUCCAAGCUGGAUGUCAUGAUGACAACAGUAACGGGGACCGUGACAGUGCCCCAGAGGGGGAAGACGGAAGAUGAUUCUGCCUUGUACGAGUCCCCAUCAGCUCACAUUAUUGAAGAGACCGAAUACGUGAAAAAGAUUCGAACUACUCUGGAAAAGAUCCGCAAUCAAAUAUUUAGAGAUGAAGUAAGACAUAGCAGUACAAAUCACAAACUAGAUGCAAAGCGCUGUGGAAACAUUCAAAAUGGCUCUGACUCUGCGGUGGAUUCCUCUUGUGGCAGUUUGGAUCCGCUCAUGGAAAGGAUAAAAGAAAAAGACCUACAGCUCUUAGAAAUGAACAAAGAGAAUGAAGUGUUAAAAAUCAAGCUCGAAGCCUCCAGAGAAGCAGGAGCAGCGGCUCUAAGAAAUGUGGCCCAGAGAUUAUUGGAAAACUAUCAAACACGGUCUGAAGAAGUUAGAAAGAAGCAUGAGGACAGGCGGCACCUCCUCCAGGUUGACAAACUUGAAAAAGAACAGAAAUUGAAACAACAUGUUGAAAAUCUGGAUCAAAUUGCUGAAAAGCUUGAAGAAAAACAUAAGCAAAUCACAGAGUUGGAGAAUCUUGUACAAAGAAUGGAAAAGGAAAAGAGAACACUGCUAGAAAAAAAACUGUCUUUGGAAAACAAGCUUCUGCAUCUCAAAUCCAACGCUACAAAUGCUAAAAGUUGCCAGGAUCUUCAAAAGGAGAUUUCCCUCCUCCAGGAGCAGAUCUCACAUCUGCAGUUUGUGAUUCACUCCCAGCAUCAGAACCUGCGCAGUGUCAUCCAGGAGAUAGAGGCCUUAAAAAAUAACUUAAAAGAACAAGAUAAGAAAAUUGAAGAUCUGCAAGAAAAAGUUAACAUACUGGAAGCCCAGAACGAAGAACUAAAAACCAAGGUGGCGCUCUGGCCUGAAACUCCUAGGACGAAGGUAUCUAAGGCUGUCUCUACAAGUGAACUGAAGACUGAAGGCACAACCCCAUAUUUGAUGUUGGUGAGACUACGGAAGUGAAUUGGCUGGCUGGAGAUCUGAAUGAGAAAGAUGACUAC